AAUUCACAUGCACGCACCCUUUAUAUUUCCUCUCCGCUAGGCGCUAGCUGCCUCCUCAGUCCUGACCUCACGCUUAUCAAUCUCGGUUCCUAUCCUCCUCCUAGCUACGUGCAAACUAUGUAUUCUCGGUAGCUCCAUCGAGAAAGAAGAAUCAAAACUCACAGCUUUAGGUACACAAGUGUGCCCGGGGACGAUCGAGUUGAUCAUGGGCAACGCCAUCGGCGGGAGGCGGCGGCGGACGGCGCGGGUGAUGACGGUGGACGGGACGACGUACAAGUACCGCCCGCCGGCGGCGGCCGCCGCGGCGCUGCGCGACCACCCGGGCCACCAGCUGCUGGAGUCGGAGGACGUGCGGCGGCUCGGGGUGCGGGCGCGCCCGCUGGACGACGACGCGCCGCUCAAGCCCGGGCGGCUCUACUUCCUGGUGGCGCUGCCCCGGCUGGCCCGCGCGCCGCGCAGGACGUGGUCGGGCCCGCUCCUCCACGUGGGCGGCGCCGGGGAGCGGCUCGAGAAGCUCAUGCUGUCGUCGUCGACGCGCCGGUCGGCCUCCGACGUGGCCGCCGCGAUGAUGGCGGCGUCUCCCCGGUGCUCCUCCGUGGAGGCCGCGGCAGACGGCGCGGUGCGGCUACGGAUGCGGCUGCCCAAGGCCGACGUGGCGCGGCUCUUAGAGGAGAGCCGCGGCGACGCCGCCCAAGCCGCCGAGAGGAUCAUGCAGCUAUGCGUCGCCAGGGACCACUGCUCCGCGCCGGCCACGCCCUUGGUGCCGCUUCCCCUGCCGAUGCCGGCGCUCGCCUCCUCGGACAAGAAGCACGCUACUGCCGGCGGCAAGAAAGAGAAGAAGGCGAGGUUCGAGGCCGUGCCGGACGAAAUCAUCUGGUUCUGAGUCGUACGUCGAGAUCACCCGAGCUCGAUUGUCACAGUUUUGCGGCCCGUCUCUGAUCACUGCCGCAGGAGUAUCUGAAGAACAACACCAUCAUGAAUAGAUGUGUUCUCUCGGCGGCCGUAAGAGAAUUUUUUUACGUGCACGCAGGUUGUUGGCUGGGAAAACGAGAAGCUGCAUGUGAAAUCAAGAAGGGCUUCCUGACUCCCUGACCUCCAGUUGCUUGCUGCAACACCUCAGGGUUGUGGCUUUGGUGUGUCUUCUCAUUGUACAUAUUUGUUGUUCAGUGCGAAUCUUACUAUUUUUUUGGGGGGGUUCGUUGCCCUCUUUUCACCUGAGCACCCACCUUGCAGCAUUCAUAUGGAUUAUGUUCCUAGGUAAAGCUUUUCUUUCGAGGAAGCAACCUCGUGUUCAUCAUCGCUUGAUACAUGCAAUCAUCUUUAUUAGGGUCU